AUGACAUCUCUAAAGAUGGGUUUUACCGUUGUUCAACGGGAAAACGAGAACAGCGUGAUUGCUGUAAAUGAGAAGCAAGUCCUUGGCGCCGUGAAGUUAAAAGAAGGGACAACAGUUGACAUAUCGACUGGCCGGUGUUUAAAGUUUCAGUUCAUACGCGUUUCUGUUAGACCGAUCCAUUAUAACCAAGAGAAGCUCAAAAAAGUACCAAAACAAGUGCCUACCCCAGAGCAAGCAGCUAGAACUAAACCUAGCCCUCAUGCACCUUCUCAAGAGUCUGGGGAUGAUAUUGAUUACAAGGUGAAGUCUGGUUAUGUGUUAGUAAUUCAUAACUUCAUCUUCCCUAAGAGGCAAGAUUCUGCACGCCAUGGGUCAGAGCAAGAUGUGAAAAAUCUCCUUAGUCUCUUUGAUGAUUUCAACUUCAAAAGCCGAAUGGUGGAGAACUUUACUCAAAGUCAAAUGGUGGAUAUACUCAAUGAAACUGCAGCGAAAGACUUCAGCAGAUAUGAUUGUUUUCUAUGCAUAAUUCUCAGCCAUGGUCUUAAAGAUGGAAUUUAUGGAACUGAUGAGGAGGUGAUUAAAAUUGAAGGAAUCACUUCCUAUUUUCGCCGUGACGCAUGUCCAUCUCUUGAAGGGAAACCAAAGAUAUUUUUGAUCCAAGCUUGCCGUGGCACUCAACAGGAUAGGGUACCUAUUGAGAGCGACAGUGAGCCUGUUCCAUAUGCAAGCUCGUCUCUGCCAGCUGACACUGAUUUUCUGAUCUGCUUUGCCUCGGCCCCUGGUCACCAAAGCUACAGGCAGUAUGACCUUGGUUUUUGGUUCAUUUCAACAGUUGUGGCAAUUUUCAAAGAGUAUGCAGAAAGAGAGCAUCUCAUGGAUAUGAUGUUGAGGGUCAAUGACCGUGUCGCUCAAUUUUAUAGCAAAGGAGGCCUGAAGCAAAUACCCUGUCAAGUCUGUUUGCUGAGAAGGAAAGUGUAUUUAAGUCCAAGAUAUAACACGUAG